UUGACAAAAUGAAAGCAGACUGUAAGAGUGAGGAAAAUCUGACGCUCCGUUAUGCCUCCUAAAUCAAAGAUUCCAAAGCCGGAAUGGCAGCAAUGUGUUCGUUGUUUGUGUAUCAUAAACUCAAAAGAUUUAUCAAAACACGCAAAAGAAUGCCAAAUUACUGCAGAAAAAGAACAAUUUCAACAUGGAUAUAUUUGGAAUGACACUUUGCAUGGAGUGAUCUCCCUUUAUCACUCGGCUGAUGGACCAAGUCUGCCCAGUCAACUGCAGGAUGACAUUGUUUUAUUGAAUGUGAGUUCUAUGAUGAUGUGUGGCCUGUCAAUUGGGAAGCCAUGUAUUGUUGAUGAGCAGUAUGUCAGGAUAGCAUGGCCAUCAGCCGCCGUUGCACCAGGCUCAAUACAGGUCCCUCAAGACACACUGGUGACGCUAGGGAGACAGUUGGGCGAUAUAGUCACAGUUUCUGUUAUACAGUCAGAACCAAUAUUGGCUGCACAGGUGGUUUUCUCGCCAAGAGAAUGGAAUGAUGUAUUUGAAGAUGAUCAGUUUGAGAAAUACCUGAAGCACCAUAUGUGUGGAAGGUCUCUAGCUCUUGGAAAUGUUGUGAGCAUGUCAUAUUACGGACAAAGGUGUCGACUUGAGGUCACAGAGAUCAGUCAGUGGAAUGCAUGUGAGAAGAAAGUUCAUAUACCACGUGAUAGAUUGGACACCAGUAGGAUACAGGAGCUGGCUACAGACUUAUCACAAAUGGAGUUAUCUACUGACUCCAGUUUAUCUUUGUUAGACAAAUCAGAUACAUGUGUUCCCUCUACUCCAAUGAAAGGCUCCAAUAACAGUAGCUUCAGUAUUGAUAGUGUGUGUUCGCCUUCUUCCUCAAGUACUCCAGACAUUAAAAACCGGUCCCUAAUAGAUACCAACUUCCAGACACCCCAAAAAACAGACGCUGUGAAAAAUGUUCAUAAGACAUUCCAUAAAGUGACUGAAAAUACUAGGGUUGUUGUUUCUAAACCAACCACAGAUGAGUUGACAGAGUCAGAGAGGAAGAAAUCUAUAACAUUUGGUAUGAUUGGAGGCUUGUCAAAGCAGAUCAUGUCAUUGAAGGAGAUGAUACAUCUACCUCUCCAUUCUCCGGAUGUGUUCAAGUCUUAUGGACUACCCCUGCCCCGAGGUGUCCUCCUGUUUGGACCCUCUGGUACAGGGAAGACAAUGUUACUCAAGGCCAUAGCCAACCAACCAGGGGUGCAUGUUAUAGAGAUUAACUCGUCUGAUAUUAUAAGCAAGUUUUAUGGAGAAUCUGAGGGAAACCUUCGAAAUGUGUUCAAAGAGGCUGUGGAAAGAUCACCAAGCAUCAUCAUUAUGGAUGAUGUUGAUUCACUGUUUCCACGGAGAGACAGCACACAAAAUGAGUCUCAGAAACGCUUGGUGGCAACGCUUCUGACUCUGAUGGAUGGAAUAGACACGGCCAGUCAGUGUUUUGUUAUGGUGAUCGCGGCCUGCUGUCUGCCGGACUCCCUGGAUCCUGCCAUCAGAAGGCCAGGGCGAUUUGACAGGGAGAUAGAAAUUGGUGUUCCCACAGCGACAGAUAGACUGGAGAUAUUGCAGUGUCUGAUGGCUACAGUGCCCAAUUCCCUCAGUGUAACAGAAAUGACGGAAAUCGCGGAAACAGCACAUGGUUAUGUUGGUGCAGAUCUGGCUUAUGUUUGUCAGCAAGCUAGUUUCAGUUCUGUAAAAAGACACCUCCGCAACCAUAACAACCUGCAGACAGUGCCCACUGCGGUCAUAACAAGGGAGGAUAUGGCCGUGGCUAUGACAACUGUGCAACCCAGUGCAAUGAGGGAGGUCCAGUUAGAAAUCCCAAAGGUGCUAUGGAGUGACGUUGGAGGUCAAGAGGAGGUCAAGUUGAAAUUGAAGCAGGCAGUGGAGUGGCCUUUGAAGCAUCCAGAAGCCUUCCUUAGGAUGGGCAUCAAACCUCCUCGAGGAGUCCUUAUGUACGGCCCGCCGGGCUGCUCCAAAACAAUGAUCGCCAAAGCUUUGGCUACAGAGAGUGGACUAAACUUCCUGGCUGUCAAGGGUCCUGAGUUAUUCAGUAAGUGGGUCGGCGAGUCAGAGAGAGCAGUCAGAGAAUUGUUCAGAAAGGCUAGAUCUGCAUCACCGUCUAUUAUAUUCUUUGAUGAGAUCGACGCUCUCGCUGUUGAAAGAGGAAGUUCCUCGGGUGGUAGUAAUGUGGGUGACCGUGUGCUGGCCCAGCUGUUGACAGAGAUAGACGGUGUCGAUGGUCUACAGGAUGUCACGGUGAUUGCAGCUACCAACCGUCCAGAUAUGAUUGACAAGGCCCUGAUGCGGCCAGGCAGACUGGACAGGAUACUCUAUGUACCUCUACCAGAUGCAGAAACCAGACAGGAAAUCUUCAGAAUUAAUAUGGCGAGGAUGCCUAUAGACAGUGAAGUUGAGGUGGAAUCUCUAGUGAGGAGGACUGCAGAUUACUCUGGUGCUGAGGUAUCAGCAGUAUGUCACGAAGCUGCAAUGUUUGCCCUACAAGAAGACAUAGACAGCCAGACUGUACAUGCACGCCACUUUGAUGAAGCUCUUACUAUUAUCAAACCUAGGAUUACUGCUCAACUUAUACAAUAUUACAAAAACUAUCAACUAGAAAAAGGCAUGCAGAAAAUUUGAUUUAUUUGUUCAACCUAUAAAUAAAGACUUAUAUGAACAUUUU